CAGAGGAGGAGGGUGGUGGAGGGGAGGUGGCCACAGGCCCUGAGCCCUGCUCGUUGAGUUUCCGAUCGGCUCAAUCCCGGAUUAGUUCACUGACGGAGAUGCUGCUGAGCCUUUGCCAAAUCAGGCCUCGCUGCUACACCCUGCAUAACACCACGGCACGCAGCGAACCGGACCCAUAGCUGAGAGAUGGAGGCAUUCGUUGAGAGUUUUCCCUUGCAAGACGGCGUGCGGGGCCAGAACCUGGCCGAGGGUCGACUUUCCUGCAGGAACGGCUUCACUUCAAAGCCCUCUCUAACCUCUGCAGGAGCCAUUGUGCAAGCUUGCCAGGACGUGGCUGUUUUUACUGUAUAGGGUAUUUAUAACAGCACAUCAAGAGACUCACUCCUGAGGCGAAUUCCUCCCAGGGAAUGUUUCCGUUGCUCCCCGGGGGACGAGCCAAGCAAUCGCACACUCUGCCUGAAUCAAGAGGGGAGCACUAUGUCAACCACAAGGCACCGCUUAAGCUUAAAAAGCCCAGCGCCGCCGCUUUCAGGGCACACAAGCAGCCACGAGCCAGAGAGAUAACCUGGUGUCCCGUCAGCAGGUCCCUGGAUGCCCCGCGGCGCACAGUCCUCGGCCGCGCAGUGCUUCCCAAUGGCCGGGAGUUGACCCCGCCCGCCAGGAUGACGCUGCGCGAGCAGCUAAGAGAGAAGAUCUCGGCGGCCUUCUACCGCCACGGGCUGCUGUGCGCCUCCUACCCAGUACCCAUCAUCCUAUUCACCUCCGCCAGCAUCCUCACCUGCUGCUAUCCGUUAUUGAGGCUCCCCCUGCCUGGGACGGGUCCUGUGGAGUUCACCACAGGGGUGCGAGACUACAGCGUCCCUUCCCAUGAGCCUCAAGGAGACCUCGGAGAACGGCCCGACUGGUACCGUGGUCCUCCGGUCGCCUACAUCCAGCAGGUGUUGGUGAAGGCGGCGGUGUCUCCGUGGGACAGCAGCCUGGUGCCGGUGGACGUGUUUCGGUCGCCGCUGGGUCGAGCCUUCAGCCUGCUGGAGGAGAUCCGCAACCACGUCCACUCCGACAGCUCCGGGAUUCGCAGUCUGGAGACGCUGUGUCUCCAGGUGACGGACCUGUUUCCGGGGUUACGGCGGAUGCAGUCGGUGCUGCCGGAGCACGGCUGCCUGCUCGUCUCUCCUGGCAACUACUGGCAGAACCAGCGGGAGCUGUUCGACUCGGACCCCGAUCUCCUCAAGACCAUCCAGAAGCAUGAGCCGAAAGGGCUGCACACCUCGGCCACGCUGCGAGACCUGCUGUUCGGCGUCCCUGGGAAGUACACCGGGGUCAGCCACUACAACAGGAAGAGGGUGGUUACGUACACAAUCACUGUAGUGCUGUCCAGCUACGAUGCGAGGUUCCUGGGCAGCUUGCGGGCCCGUCUGAAGCAGCUCCACCCGUCGGCAAACUGCAGCCUGAGAGACGACCACAUGGUUCACGUCCACUUCAAAGAGGAGAUCGGCAUCGCCGAGCUCAUCCCGCUCGUCACCACAUACAUCAUCCUCUUCGCCUACAUCUACUUCUCCACACGUAAGAUCGACAUGGUGAAGUCUAAGUGGGGUCUGGCUCUGGCCGCUGUGGUCACGGUCCUCAGCUCUCUGCUCAUGUCUGUGGGACUGUGCACCCUGUUUGGACUGACCCCGACGCUCAAUGGAGGGGAGAUCUUUCCUUACCUGGUGGUGGUGAUCGGCCUCGAGAACGUCUUGGUCCUCACCAAGUCCGUGGUGUCCACCCCCGUCGACCUCGAGGUCAAACUCCGCAUCGCUCAGGGCCUCAGUAAUGAGAGCUGGUCUAUCAUGAAGAACAUGGCUACUGAACUGUGCAUCAUCCUCAUUGGAUAUUUCACUCUGGUUCCAGCUAUCCAGGAGUUCUGUCUGUUUGCCGUCGUCGGGCUCGUGUCUGACUUCUUCCUGCAGAUGUUUUUCUUCACCACCGUACUAUCUAUCGACAUCCGACGCAUGGAGCUGGCCGACUUGAAUCGCCGCCUGCCAGCCGAAGCGGGACUACCGCCGCCCAAGCCCGGCCCGCUGCGUCCCCGCGAGGUCCCCCCUCCGCCGCGACCCUCUCCGCACACGAUCACCCUGCAGACGCCGGCCUUCAGGAACCUGAGGGUCCCCAAGAGGCUGCGCGUGGUGUACUUCCUGGCGCGCACACGCCUCGCUCAGCGCAUCAUCAUGGUCGGCACGGUGAUCUGGAUUGGCAUCCUCGUCUACACUGACCCGGCUGGAAUACGCACCUACCUGGCCGCGCAGGUGUCGGAGCAAAGCCCUCUGGGAGAUCCCGGAGGAGGCGGUCUGCCGCCUCACCUCGGCGUAGCGCCCGUCUUUCGUGGAGGAGAUCCCACCAGCACCCUCAGCAUCCACCCGCCACCGGAUCCAACUCCCUUACCUGAGAACCAAUCACAGGGCCACCACGGGUCAGCCAGGGCCGGGCCGCUCCCUCAGGCUCCACCCGCCGUGCCCCAGAUCACCUGGGGGGCGGAGGACGAGGAGGGCUGGAGGAGGCUCUCCUUCAGGCACUGGCCGUCGCUGUUCAGCUACUACAACAUCACUUUAGCCAAGAGGUACAUCAGCAUCCUGCCUGUCAUCCCCGUCACUGUUCACCUGAGCCCACAGGAGGCCAUCGAGGCGCGCCACCCUCAAGACACCAGAUACCCGCCGCCACCCAUUCCCAAAGUCACUGCAGAUCUGCAGACGGACCUCACGCUCUACAAGGUGGCAGCUCUGGGCCUGGCGGCGGGCGUCCUGCUGGUUCUGCUCCUCUUCUGUCUCUACCGGGUCCUCUGCCCGCGCAACUACGGCCAGAACGGCGUCGCCCACGGGCGCCGGCGCCGAGGGGACCUGCCCUGCGACGAUUACGGCUACUCGCCACCCGUCAGCGAGAUCUCGCCGCUGCUGCUGAGGGGCCACAGUAUGGACAUCGAGUGUCUGGCCAGUGACGGCAUGCUGCUGGCGAGCUGUUGCCUGGCAGGACAGAUUCGGGUUUGGGACGCUCAGACUGGCGACUGUUUGACCGUCAUCCCGAACCACGGGCGGUGCAGCAGCAGUGGCUGCUGGGAGCAGCGUGACGGCUGGGACGGCGUGGGCGGAGCCGCAGACUCGGACUGUUUAGGCUCGGAAGGUCGCGGCUCCUCCGUCAGCGCCGACGGUCUAUCGGAGGAGGAGGGCGGCUACCCGCUGAGGCGCCGCUGCGCUCCCGCCCGGCCGACUCUCUUCACCGACCAGCCCGAUCUCACGCCGCUCAUCGACACCAACUUCACCUCCCAGCCGCCCUCGCACCUCUCCACCCCGCCCAGGGCGGGCUUUGACUUUGGCGGUCUGGUGGAGCGCGCCUACAUGGAGCACGAGCCCCCCUCGACCUCCACCUACCCCUCUCCUUCCUCGGCCUCCUCCUCGCCGCCCUCGGGAGCUCAGCUCCAGAGAACGCCCAGCAUGGGGGACGCCGCCGCAUACUUAAACCAAGAGAGAGCCUCCGCGGCGGGGACGCAGGCGACGCCGGACUGGGAAAGCUCCGUGUGGGCCUUGGAGCUGAGAGGAAACCUGAUCGUUGCUGGGAGGAGCAGCGGUAAACUGGAGUUGUGGGACGCAGUCGAAGGGUCGUUACGCUGCAGUAAUGAAGACGGACUCUCCGGGAUCACAGCGCUCGCCUUCCUCAACAACAGAAUCGUAGCGGCUCGGCUCAACGGGUCUCUGGACUUCUUCACUGUGGAGAUCAACAAGCCUCUGUGUCUGCUGCAGUACAGAGGAGCUCCCGGGCGAGGCAGCAUGCCUCCCUCUCCCUGUUACAGCAGCGAGGACGUGAUCAGCUGCCAGCUCACGCGCUCCGUUCAGUGCGCGCACCAGAAGCCGAUCACGGUGCUGCGAGCGGCCGCCGGGAGGGUCGUCACCGGCAGCCAGGACCACACUGUCCGGAUUUAUCGUCUGGAGGACUCGUGCUGCCUCUUCACCCUGCAGGGUCACUCUGGAGGGAUCACAGCCAUCUACAUAGACCAGACAAUGGUUCUGGCGAGCGGCGGGCAGGACGGCGCCAUCUGCCUGUGGGACGUCCUGACAGGGAGCCGCGUCAGCCACGUUUACGGUCACCGAGGCGACGUCACCUCGCUGGUCUGCACCACCACCUGCGUCAUCAGCUCGGGACUGGAUGACCUCAUCUGCGUCUGGGACCGCAGCACCGGGAUCAAGCUGUACUCCAUACAGCAGGAGGUGGGCUGUGGCGCCAGCCUGGGCGUGAUCUCCGAGUCUCUCCUGGUGACGGGGGGUCAGGGCUGCGUCUCCUUCUGGGACCUGAACUACGGCGACCUGCUGCAGACCGUCUACCUGGGCCAGAGCAGCGACGGGCAGGGCGUCCGGCAGCUGCUGGUGCUCGACAACGCCGCCAUCGUCUGCGACUUCGGCAGCGAGCUCAGCCUCGUGUACGUGCCGUCUGUGCUGGAGAAACUAGACUGAGGAGACACAAACAAUUUCCUCCUCGUCAUUUUGAUUCUCUCGUUUUCUUUUCCGUGUGUUUCCGACACCCAGAGGAGGCGCGGCGUGCGUACGAGGCUCUUUGUGUUUCUUUCAGAUGUCUUAAGUCGCCUGGAUGUAACGAGGAAACGGACUGACUGUGCAACCUGCUGCGUCUUAUCGGAGGAUGUUUCUCUUCGCUUUAAAGAGAAUCCAGCCGUCACCAGUUUGUGCUUUGUUUUUUCUGUGCGCGUUUGUUUCGUGGCUCUGCCCUCAAUGCUGCUGCUGACACGGGUGGGGCUUCAACUGUGACCGCCCUCCACCCACCCACAGAGAAAGAUUUAAAAAAAAAAAAAAAUUCUCCUUUUAAUUUUUUAAGAAAAUAUUCCCGCUGCCUCGUUCGCUUCACGGCGAAGACGUGCAGCCAUGGCGAGCUCGAGUGUGUGUGUGUGUGUUGCAGACAUGAAUGAAUGGAUCGAAACACUGCUGAGAACAAACAUUGAUUUGCUCGUGUGUGAAGUGUGUGUGUGCGGGAGAAGUGAUGAUUACUGUAUAAAGUAAACCUGUUUUUAUAUGUAUAAAUAUUAUUUAUUAGCGAUACAUUUUUAAAUAACAGUUUGUUUAUGAAAGGCUAAUCCCGGCUCUUAAACGAGAAUAUAAUGAUGUGGACUUAAUGACGUACAUGUACGAUGGUGAUUGUUUGUUUGGGUUAUGUAACGGUUGUUGGAACGUUGAACUGGAAACACUGACGUGUUUGGAUGGAGGUGGGGGCGGCUGUAGGUUCCUUUUUGUCCCAGCCUCGGGCCUCUGAUCCUGGGUUACUGAUGCUGUACGAGGGGGCCGCCGUCUGCGCUCCCUCCGCCUCCCCCACAUGCUACACCUUCAUCAGGCUACCUCCAUUUCCAAACUGCUUGAAUUUUGGAUGAGAAGAAGUCAUUUUUUAUAUAAAUUGUGCCCUUUAGAGAUUUUUUUUUGUUCUGUUUACUGUAACAUCUCGUCGUCGUGUUGUUGAUGGAAAGUUCAGCAGUCGGUCUUGAACCUUCGACUCUUCUGCAGCUGUGAAAAUGUGAAGAAAGGCCACAGACACUCAGCUGUCUCUGUUAGCUGAUAAUACAAAACAACUGCUCAUUUAGUUUAAACAGUUUCAACAUUUCUAUGAGCUUCAUAUUCUAUACAGACUCCAAACGAUGCCGAUAAGCAGCAGGAGUCAUCAGAAGUCACCGUGUAUGAGGACGCUUUGGAGAGGGCUGGAAA